AUGGCUCAGACAGAUUGGACUGCGAGGACCGCCAGGGCCCGAGCGACAAGGCAUAACGGUAUUGGCAAACAAGAUCCGUCGACCGUGUACUGGACCGUGGACGACGACCUGGACGCGGCGCCGCUGGGCUCGCCGCUGUACCCGCCCAUCGUGAACGUGGCGCCGCACGGCCGCAUCGCCGCCAACGCGACGUGCGGGGAGCGCGGCGAGGAGCGCUGGUGCAAGGGCGGCGGCCCUGGCGGCGGCCUCGGCGGCGGCGGUCGCCGGGGGUUGCAGUGCCACUCGUGCCACCGCCACCACCCCGACCGCGCGCACCCCGCCGACCUCGCCCUGGACGCCAGCUCGGACGGCUGGUGGCAGGCGCCCACCCUGGCCGAGGGCGCGCAGUACGAGCACGUGACCGUCACGCUGGACCUGCAGCAGGUCUACCACGUGUCCUACGUCAUCCUGAAGACUGGCCCCAGUCCGCGGCCAGCGGCGUGGGUGCUCGAACGCAGCGUGGACGACGCGGACGGCGAGGUCGGCGACGGCGCCUUCACGCCGUGGCAGUACUACGCCCCCACGGACGAGGACUGCUGGGGCCGCUUCGGCGUGGCCGCCACGCCCGGCGACCCCGCCAAGGCCGUGCUGCAGCGCGACGACCAGGUCAUCUGCACCAGCUUCCACUCCAAGGCGUACCCGGCCGAGGACGCGGCGGUCCACACGUGGCUCGUGAAGGGCCGGCCCGGCGCCAACGCGUCGUCCGACUCGCUGCGGGCCUUCCAGGCGGCGCGCAAGGUGCGCCUGCGCUUCCAGAAGCUGUCCCUGCCGCACAACGCCGACCCGCGCCGCGCCUUCUACUCCAUCAAGUUCCUGUCCAUCGGGGCGCAGUGCGCGUGCAACGGCCACGCCAGCAAGUGCACCAGCCCGGCCAAAGGCGGCGUGAUUUCUCUGUCUCUGUCGCAGCGCGCGUCGUGCAAGUGCCAGCACAACACGGAGGGCGCGGCGUGCGAGCGCUGCCGGGCGCGCUUCCAGCAGCAGCCCUGGGCGCACGGCCAGCCCUGCGAGGAGUGCCAGUGCCACGGCCACGCCCGGGCCUGCCGCUACGACGCCGACGUGGACCGCCGCGGCGCCUCCAUGGACAAGCACGGCGUCUACCGCGGCGGCGGAGUCUGCCUCAACUGCACCGGACACACGACGGGCAACAACUGCGAGCGCUGCGUGGAGGGCUGGUUCCGGCCGGCCGGCGUGGCCGCCGACGCCACCAAGCCGUGCGUGCCCUGCGAGUGCCACCCCGAGGGCUCCUCCGGGGCGUGCGCCGCCGACGACACGACGCCGGGAGUGGAGGCGGGCGCGUGCGAGUGCCGCGAGGGCUUCACCGGCUUCCACUGCGACCGCUGCGCGCCCGGCCACCGCAACUUCCCCACCUGCGAGCCCUGCCCCUGCGACCCCCGCGGCUCCGAGCACGCCGCGGACUGCGACGGCGAGUGCUUCUGCAAGGCACACGUGGAGGGCGCGCGUUGCGACCGCUGCCGCCCGGGCUACUUCGGCCUGGACCGGCGAGACCCCAACGGCUGCUCGGCGUGCUUCUGCUCGGGCAUCACCACGGACUGCACCGAGGCGGCGCUGGCCUUGACCGAGGUGAACCACUACCAGGGCUGGCUCGUCAGCGACCUGCGCGUCACGGAGACCGUCACGCCCGUGGUGGACCAGGACACGGGGCUGCUGACGGUGGCCGACGCCGACCUGGACGUGGACUCGUACUACUGGCUGGCGCCGCCGCCCUACCGCGGCAACCUGCUGGCGUCCUACGGCAGCGUCCUCACCUUCGCCACGGCCUGGGUGGUGAUGCGCGGCGACACGAGCGGCAAGCCCACGGCGGGGCCCGACCUCAUCCUCAUCGGUGCGAACGGCAUGCGAGUGGGCUACGGUGACUCGGUGCACGUGGAGCACAACGCCACCGUCAGGGUGCCCCUUCGAGAAGGCCCUGAAGGCCACGAGUCCGCUGAGCCGUCGUGGUACCUGCUCCGGGACGGCGUCCGGGACAUCUCGACGCGCCUGCGGCGGACCGGCUCGGAGCAGGUCGAGUCGCCGUACCGCGGGGAGCCCGCCACGCGCAACCAGCUGCUCUCCGUGCUGGCCGACGUGCAGCACGUCCUGGUGCGAGCCAAGUACCACCGCGACCAGGUGGACGGCAGCCUGGAGAUGGCGGUGCUGCAGCGCGGCGAGCCGGCGCCCGACCAGGACCUCCUCGACGGCAUGGCGGGCUACUCCAGGCCGGGCGUGAUGCUCACGCUGGUGGAGCAGUGCGCGUGCCCGGACGGCUACGUGGGGCUGUCCUGUGAGGCGUGCGCGUGGGGCUACGCGCGCGUGUCGGCGCAGGGCCUGGGCAGCAACGCGACCACGGGGCUGGCGUCCGGCCACCGCGGCCUCUGCGCCAAGUGCAACUGCAACGGCCACGCCGCCUCCUGCGACCCGGACACCAACGCCUGCGGGACGUGCGAGCACAACACCGCGGGCGAUCGCUGCGAGCGCUGCGCGGACGGCUUCUUCGGGGACGCGCUUCGCGGCCUGCCCGGGGACUGCCGGCCGUGCGCCUGCCCGCUGCUGCUGCCGUCCAACAACUUCAGCCCCAGUUGCGAGCUGCAGAUGCCCACCGACCCCGUCGGCGACAACGACGUGCUGGAGGACUACGUGUGCACGGCGUGCCCCAGGGGCCACGCGGGCCGCCACUGCGACAGGUGCGCCGAGGGCUUCUUCGGCGACCCCACGGUGCCGGGCGACGCGUGCCGGGCGUGCGAGUGCGGGGGCGGCCCGUGCGACGCGGCCACGGGGCGCUGCCUCAGCUGCCCCGGCAACACGGACGGCUGGCGCUGCGAGAAGUGCAAGGCGGGCCACUUCGGCGAGCCGGACAAGGGCCUCUGCAGACCGUGCCAGUGUGACAAUGUCGGCGCCGUGACGACGGACUCGUGUGACGAGGCGACGGGGCAGUGCCAGUGCAAGCCGAGGUACACGGGUCGCACCUGCGACCGCUGCGAGGAGGGGCGCGGUAACGUGACGGCGGGCUGCGUGGCGUGCGCGUGCAGCGGCAAGGGCUCGACGUCGACCUCGUGCGACGCGGUGACGGGGGCGUGCGACUGCAAGCCCGGCUACUCGCCACCACACUGCCACGCCUGCCUGCAGCACCACUACGACGACCCGGACACCGGCUGCGCAGGCUGCGGCUGCCACCCUGCCGGCUCCCAGCACGCGGCGUGCGACAUCGUGACGGGGCGCUGCGAGUGCCGGGCCAACGUGGUGGGAAGGACCUGUGAUGCCUGCAAGCACGGCUUCUGGGGGCUGGAGGCGGGCGAGGGCUGCGCGCCGUGCCUGUGCGACACGCUGGGCGCCUACAACGAGUCCUGCCACGCGGCCACCGGCCAGUGCCCCUGCAAGCCGGGCAUCGGCGGCCGCGCCUGCGACUCGUGCCUCCCCGGCUACGUCGGCUUCUCCCCGGACGGCUGCAGAGAGUGCGACCCCUGCGACCGGCCGGGACACGUCUGCGACCCAGACACCGGCCACUGCGUGUGCCCGCCGCUCACGUUCGGCGAGGAGUGCGAGGUGUGCGAGAUGGACUCGUGGGGCUUCCGCACGGGCCGCGGCUGCAAGCCGUGCGCGUGCGACCCGGCCGGCUCGUACUUGUCGCAGUGCGACGCGGGCACGGGGCAGUGCUCCUGCCGGCGCGGCUUCGCGGGUCCGCGCUGCGACGCCUGCGCCCACGGCUUCUACGGCUACCCCAACUGCCGCGCCUGCCGCUGCGACGCGCGCGGCGCCGACCCCGCCACCUGCGACGCCGAGGGCCGAUGCAGCUGCGACGCGCAGGGCCAGUGCAGCUGCAAGGGCAACGCGGGGGGCGCGCGCUGCGACGUCUGCAAGCCCGGCACCUUCGGCCUGCGCGCCGAGGACCACGACGGCUGCCAGGCCUGCUUCUGCUUCGGGCGGUCGUCGCUGUGCUCGGAGAAAGGGCUGACGUGGGGCCGCGUCACCCAGUUCCGGCCGCGCACCCUCUCCGUGCAGUACGAGUCCACCAACCCCCAGUUCCGGCCCGGCGCGCAGCUCUUCCCCGUCAACACCAAGGAGAUCUGCUACAUCAACCUGGCGCUGCCCGGCGCCGACAAGAGCCUCAACACGACGCCGGACCGCCUGGACGUGAGCAACAACCUCCGGAUCAUCCCCGGCGACGCGGGCGACGUGGAGAUGGGCGUCAACUACCUGUUCGACACGCCCAUCUACUGGCAGCUCCCCAGGCAGUUCCUGGGUGACAGGGUGCUCUCGUUCGGCGGCUUCUUGCGCUUCACGGUGGAGACGGAGGGCGGCUCCACCCUGUUCCCGCCCGAGGUGCUGGACUCGUACCCGCUCAUCCAGCUGCAGGGCAACAACCGCAUCGUGCUCGAGCACUUCCCGUCGCACUCCAGCACCGACGGCCACUACGAAGUCCGCCUCCAUCACUCUCUGUGGCGCGCCAAAAACAACGCGACGAGCAAGGUGACGCGCGAGCUGCUCAUGCUGGCCCUGCAGAACGUGCAGCACGUCCUCAUCCGCGCCACCGACGCCAUCGACUUCACCAAGGCCGUGCUGCGCGGCAUCUCCCUGGACACGGCGCAGGCUGUGCUCGGCCUCCGCGGACCCCCGGCCGUCGGCGUGGAGCUGUGCGAGUGUCCGAGGCAGUACAGCGCCUCCUCGUGCCAGGACCCCAGCAUCGGCUUCUUCCGCUGGCACGACAAGACGGCCGUGCACUCCACCAUCGUCAUCCAGAUGAUCGGCGAGGCGAGGCCCUGCCAGUGCAACGGCCGCUCCGAGGUGUGCGACGUGGAGUCGGGCCACUGCAAGAACUGCUCCGCCAACACGGGAGGCCCGGCGUGUGACCGCUGCGCCGAGGGCCACUACGGCCACCCCGACGCGCCCCACGGCUGCCGCGCGUGCCCCUGCCCGUCGGAGCGCCGCAACUUCGCGACGUCGUGCGAGGUGGGCGCCGGGGCCGCGGGCCCGGCCGUGUGCCACUGCAGGGAGGGCUACGAGGGCGCCAAGUGCGAGCACUGCGCGCCGGGGUGGUUCGGACAGCCCCUCCGGCCGGGCGGCUCCUGCCAGCCCUGCCUGUGCGACCCGCUGGGCAGCGCGGCCGACACCUGCGACGACAAGGGUCAGUGCACGUGCCUGCCGGGGGUGUCGGGGCUGCGCUGCAGCCGAUGCCCUGCGCGGCAGGUGCUGACGGCGCGCGGGCUGUGCACCACCUGCGACGACGCGUGCACGGGUGACCUGCUCCGCGGCAUCGAGGACCUGGCUUUCGACCUGGAGCUGGGCGCGGGCAAGGCGACGGGCGGCGCGCUCGAGGCGCCCUGGGCCGUGCUGGACGGCAUCCACGGCCAGGCCAAGCACGCCCGCGCCCGCCUCGACGCGUGGCGCCAGGUCGCGGAGCAGGCCAACGACAUCCCCGUGUCCAUGCCGGCCACGAUGCGGAAGCCCGCCAACCAGGCUCUCAAAGAGGCCAAGAAAGUAGAGCACGCCAGCGUGGAGAUGAGCGGCGUGGCUUCGCAGCUGCGGCAGGGCGUGGACGGCGUGUUCGAUGAGAUCGAGAAGACCAGGAAGCAGAUCCAAGACACGGUGGCCAGCCUCAGGACGUACGCGGCCGGCCCGUCGCCGCACCUGCCGUCAGGACAGCAGGGCAGCGCGCUGGCCGACGCGCAGUACGUGCUGGACUCGAUCGUGGCAGCCAUGGCCUUCCUGGAGCCGCGCGCGACGCACACGUACAACAACUUCCGCAAGUGCGACGAGAUCCACGACGAGCUGGUCAAGCUUCUGGACUUCGGCGAUGUGCAGCGCCUUGCCAACGUACGCAACCGGGUGCAGCAGCUGCAGGAGGGGCUGCGCGACCUCAACGAGACCUUGAGCCUCAGCAACAGCAACGCCAGCCAGGUGGAUCAGCGCUACACCAACAAGAACAGGCGGAAGAUGAAGGAGCUGGUGGCGCGGGCGGCGUGGCUGUCGGCCGAGGAGGUCUCUUUGUCCGCCAUGGUGACGGCCAACGCCGAGGCGCUCAACAGCGCGGACGCGGCGGUGAGCGCGACGCAGGUGAACCUGGAGGGUGUGCGCCGCCAGCAGGCCCGCCUGUCCAACCAGACGGCCACCCUAGAGCAGCGCGUGCGCUCCGAGAGCCGGCCCGACCUCACCACGUACUUCAUCAUCGCCCGGGACCGCGCCAACAUGCUGCAGCACACGGCCGACAUGUACGAGCGCCUCUUCUCCGGCACCAAGCGCGACGCCGAGCUCGCCCUGCAGGCCAGCGCCGCGUACCGCAACAUCGCCGACGCGCUGCGCGAGGCGUGGGCCGCGGCCAGCAACGCGAGCGAGGCCGCGGACUCGGCGCACCGCAAGGCCUACCCCAAGCACCUCGACUCGCUGCUCGACCAGAGCAGCCUCGCCUUCCAGGACUCGCAGCGGCUGGAGGGCUCGGCCAACGAGCAGGCGCGGCGGGUGAGCAGACUCCGGCAGAACCUGGAGGAGCACGAGAGCGUGGUGGCCACCCUCCGCGAGACCAUCAUCCUGGCCGGGCGCCGCAACAACGACAACCACAAGCCGCUGCAGCAGCUGCAGCAGCUGGAGGGGCAGCUGCUGCUGGAGCGCGGCGAGGCCCAGCGCGUGCUGGACGACAUGCUGGACGAGCAGCGCUUGGCGGCGCAGCAGCGCACGCUCGCCGCCAACGUGCUGCACAACGUGACGGCCGUGCUCAGGCCCACCAUGGGCGGGCUGUCUCUGGACGGCGACGCGGCCGGCCAGCAGGGCCAGCAGGGCCUCGCCGCCACGGAGAGGCAGCUGAAGGAGUCCCACACGCUGCUGGUUCGCUCCAAGGAGACGCUCCAGACGCUUGCGGAGGCGUCGGCGGAGCAGCAGCACAACUUCCAGCGCUGGAACGACACCUUCGCCGAGCAGCUGCAGGCCCUCAAGGACAAGAUUGCUCGCGCCAGGCACGUCGCGGACGGCAUCCGCCUGCCGCUGAAGAGCACCAAGGACUCCGCCAAGGACCCCGGAUGCUCCCGGUCGUACGCGCUGCCUGAGCCGGGGCCCACGACGACCACGUCCAUCAGUCUGUUCUACUCGAUAUCCGGCCGCGCCAGGUCCGCGCCCAUCUUCUACCUGCCCAGCACCGCCACGGGCGACUUCAUCGCGCUGGACAUGGUGGAGCGGCGCGUGCGGCUGUCGUGGGACGUCGGUGGCGGCCCGGGGUCCGUGACGGCGCCGACGACGCUGGUGGCGCGCCCGGGCCUCAACCCGGACGACGUGCUGUGGUACCGCGUGGAGGCGGAGCGCACGGGCAACAUCGGCCACCUCAUGGUGGUGGAGGCGGUGCGGCCGGACGGUGCCCCGCCCCCCAAGGUGGUGUUCAACGCGACGGCGCCGGGCUUCGGCCGCCUGGACACCGGCAGCGUGGCCUGGGUGGGCGGCAGCACGGAGGACGAGGCCCACGCGGCGGCCGUGGGGCUGGGCGGUUGCUUGCACUCGCUCCAGCUGGACGGCAGGCCCAUCGGGUUGUGGAACUUCAGGACCUCCACAGCGGGCUGCGGCGCUUGCAAGCAGGGAGUGGAGCAGCAGCAGGACGACCAGGCCUACCACUUCCGCGGCGACGGCUACUCCGAGCUCCGCCACUCAAGCUCCAGCCCCUACAACAAGUACUUCUUCAGCGUGUCGCUCAACUUCCGGUCCUUCGACGAGGACGCGCUGCUGUUCCUGGCCGUCAAGGAGGACGACCCGCUGGGCCGCUACGUGUCCCUGUCGCUGCACCGCGGCAAGGUGCGCUUCCGUAUCGGCUACGGCGGCCACGAGGACAAGCACCUGGAGAUCACGACGGCGGCGCGGUACAACUCGGGCAACUGGACGAGCGUGGAGGCCAGCAGGUACUUCGACCGCAAGCUCAACCUCGAGAAGGGCCUCCUCAAGGUGGACGGCGAGGUGCGCCACGGCUCCCCGGCGACGCCCCUCAAGGCAGACAGCCUCCCCGACCUGGCCAGCGCCCUGUACUACAUCGGCGGUGUGCCUCCGGGCUUCAGGACCGUGGGGCCCCCGGAAGCGCUCGUGUCCUUCCUGGGGUGCAUGUCCAUGGUGCAGGCGGCUCAGGAGGGCUACAACCCGCUGCGGGGGCAGUUCUACGGCGUCGAGCCCUCCUGCACUGACAAGCCGGUGAGGGUAGCGAGCUUUGGAGGCAACGGUUACCUGGAGCUAGCCUCGCAUUCACUGAGGAAGAAAUCGUCAUUCGGCUUCGCGUUCAGCACUCUGCAGCCGGACACCAUGCUCAUGGUGUCGACGUUCCAGCGUCCGGGAGGCCCUAUCAGCAGCGAGGUCGAGGAAGAGAACACCAACUUCAUUGAGAGUGGGGACAACAGUUACUACUCGAGCGCCUUGUGGAACGGGCGGCUGGACGUGCGCGUGGACGCGGGUCGCGGCACCGUGGUGCUGCAAUCGGCGCCGGGCGCGGGCCCUCUCAACGACGGCCUGCUGCACUCCGUGGCCGUCACCAAGACGGGCCGUCGCCUCGAGCUCCGCGUCGACGACGUCCUGCAGUCAACGGCGAGCCUCCCGGAGGGCCCCGCCGCCGUGAGGGCGCCCGGCGACCAGGGUGGCCUGUACUUCGGCGGCGUGCCGGCCACGCUCAACGUGUCGGACAUGCUGGCCACCAGCAUGCCGCUCAUCGGCACCAUCAAGGACGCCAUCUUCAAUGACGAGUUGCUGUCCAUGGGCCGACCCGUGUCGUUCGACAACGCUGCCAUCGGCCGCCUCGUCCCGAUGGGUGCCAUCGCCCUCCUCGAGCCGCCCGUCAACACUUCCCCCAUCGCGCCGUCAUCGUCAUCCUCACCGUCGUCCCCUCCGGCCUCCACGCCGCGGGCGCAGGCGCCGCCGCUGCAGGCCGCAGACCCCGCGGGUUGCCGCCGGAUGUCGAGCUACUCGUUCGAGUCGGGCGCCGUCAAGUUCGGCGACGCGCCCGACUCGCACGUCCUCUUCACGUUCCGGCGCCAGAGGAACAUCCUGCAGAGAGACUUCGCCGUGGAGCUGCAGUUCAGGACGUUCUACCCGAGCGGAAUGCUGUACCUCGUCCCGGGCAGCGGCGGAGGAGGGGGCGGAGGAGGCGGAAGGCAGCGUCAGUACCUGGCCGCCUAUCUACUCGACGGCAUCCUCCAGGUGAUCUACAAAGGUCGCAACAAGCUGGAAGUGUCACUGCCCAACACAUACAACGACGGCGUGUGGCACACGGUGAGAUUGAAGAAAGAAGGGCGGACUUUAACCCUCAGUGUGGAUAAUGAUCCAUCAGAGAGGAGGAAAGGUCCAAAGAAAAUGAACAUAGGAAAUUCUGUAUACUUUGGAGGCUUGCCAGACAAUAGUCUCUUAGCUCCUGAUAAUUUUGUCCAGCGAUUAGAGCAUUUCCGAGGUUGUAUGAGAAGUCUGACAGUCAAUUCGAUUCCUAAGGACCUGGUGGGAGAUGAUGCCACCCACCACCAAGUUGGGCAAUGCUUUUCUGAUGUAGAAUUAGGUUCCUAUUUUGCGGGUGAUGCUUAUGCCAUAUAUAAAAAUAAAUUUGUGGUAGCAGAUCUACUCCAAGUGGAGGUUGAAUUUAGAACUUCAGAACUGACCGGAGUCCUUCUGAGCAUAUCAGAGCAAAAAGGAUACCCAGCUAUGUCUCUGGAGCUAAAUAAUGGAAGAGUGGUUUUGGCGGGAGACAUUGGAGAUCGACGUGGGUUCGAAGUUAAUCUUGCCUUGCCUUCCCAGUGGACUCUUUGUGACAACCGAUGGCACAGGAUACGGACUAGCUACAAGCGUGGAGAGCUUCAGUUGCAAGUUGACGACUUGAAACAAGUGCACCAAUUAGCUGAUGAUGGUCAUUACGUAGAAACUAGGACCAACAGUCCUAUGUUCAUUGGGGGUCUUCCUGAAGGUAUUGUCCGUGAAGGUUUAGGGGUGAAAGACAACUUCAAAGGCUGCAUCCGCAAAGUUAUGAUUGGCGGUGAGCGUAGAGACUGGACUGUGAUGGCUGAUCUUCAUAACAUAGGACUUGGAUCAUGUCCUGUGGAAAAUUGAUUGCGAGUUUUUGUUGGUUUUGCUAGCCAAAGAAGCUUUAUGUGAAUGUUCCUAAAUGAUACAACCGAAUGGACUUGACACAGACUGAGCAUUUUGUUUAUUUUUCUGUGGACUUUGUCACGGGACCAAACAGUUAAGGGUGGUGUCAUUUAAAAAUCUGUUACUAAUUGUAGAAUGUAUUAGUCCCUGUAUAUAUUGGAUUGUAAAAAUUAUAAGCUUAUUUAUUGUUUAUAUGUAAUUAUAUUUAUAAUGUACAUAAAUCUUUGUAAGCCAGAUUAGUGUACAGGUGAGAAGGAAGAGCUCGUCUCAUUUCAUGAUAAAUCUUCAUAUCAAGUUCAUAUCAAUGAUACUUUGUCUAUUUGAACAAAAUUCUCUUAAAAAUCAGUGCAUUCCAAACUACAUGUGUAUUAUAAGUACAAGUUCCUUCAUCAUCUUUGUCUCAUGGUCAUUAAUCUAUGAAAUCGUGUCAUGUACUAUGUGCUCAUGCAUAUGUACCCUUAAAGUAACAAUGAAAUAAAUCAAUGUGCCAAAUGUGCUUUUUGUAAGCAAGUAAAA